AUGUCUACCAUCAAAGUCGGUGUCGUAGGCUACGGCUUCGCAGCCAAGAACUUCCACUUGCCAUUCAUCACCAUCAACAACGAUUACGAAGUUGUUGCAAUUCUACAAAGAGCGGAGGCCCCGGCUGAUUCUUCUUCGGCACCUGCCGGUUCGCACUGCAAAGUCGACUUUCCCAACAUUAGACAUCACCGAACUGCAGAAGACUUCUUCGCUGAUUCCGAUAUCCAACUUGUCGUUGUAGCCACGCAUACCGAUACCCACGCGUCCUUUGCUGAGAAGGCAUUGCAAUCAGGGAAGCACGUCAUCGUCGAUAAGCCCUUUGCAAGGUCAUCGGAAGAGGCAGAUCAAGUUAUCGAGCUCGCAAGAAAGAAAAAUCUUAUUAUAACUUGCUUCCAAAACCGAAGAUGGGACGCCGACUUCCAGACGCUGAGAAAGCUCAUUAAGGAAGACGCCCUCGGAGAAAUUAAAGAGGCAGAGAUUCACUAUGACUUCGAGUCACCGCCAUGGUUGAGUUUGAUGAACAAGAAGGAGUACAGCCCCGGUGAUGGUAUGGCCUUUGGCUUGGGAACUCAUAGCAUUGAUCAAGCUGUCACACUCUUUGGCCGUCCUAAGUCCGUGACUGGCUUUUUCAGAGCCCAACGUGGGAUCGAAAGCGAAGUUGAGGACUCAUUCACGAUAAUCUUGCAAUAUGACGGAGCGCAAAAAGACCUACUUGUCACAGUCAAGACAUCAGUCACUACGCCCAUGGCACAGCAGCUCAAGCACUUGGUCAGGGGAACUAAGGGUUCCUGGCUCAAAUUCCAGCAGAGGAGCACCUGCCCCCAGGAGGAACAAAUCGCAGAGGGCCGCAAGCCUCUCGAUCCAGGAUUCGGUGAAGAACCACCUGAGUUUUACGGCAUUCUAACAACCUACAAAGAGUUUGACGGCAGCGUUCAAAAGUAUGAUGAAGCUACCAAGAAAUACACUGGCAGAUACCCUAGCAUAACUGGUCGAUGGCGAGGUAUUUAUGAGAACGUUGCCAAUGCAAUCAAUGGCAAAGCCGAGCUAGAGGUUAAGGCAACACAGUCGCGAGAUGCUAUCAGAGUUAUCGAGCUUGCGAGAGAGUCCCAUGAGAAGGGGGUUACUGUGGCCUGGAAGUAA